GCAGCGUCACCAACAGCCGCAAUGGCGCUGCCGCUGCAGCCUGCCUGGCGGGAGCCCGCCAAGCGACAGCUGCCCUCCUCAGCCUCUGGGCAGCUUUUAGAGGAGGCAGGCACUCUAUUUGCCUCCCCGCCAAAAGCGAAAGCUCGCCGUCUUGAAGGUCCAACAAGGACACCCCGUAUAUCUCCCCCCAGCACUGCAGCAGUAUCAGCCACAGUCCUGCCGUGCUCCUCCCAGCUACAGAGCAGCAGUCCUCUCUCUUUGUUUCCUCUGAAGAGGCGGCUGCAGCCUUUCAUGGACGCUGAGGAGGAUGCUGGCGCUUCUGCCGCAGUCGCUCCUGUUGCAGCUCGAGCAGCUCCCCACAAUGCGACUGCAGCAGGUACAGUAGCAGGGAACAAGACCCGAUCCAACACCAUGUUGCAGUCUCCAGUUCGAAUGUACUUUCCUCUCACCGCCAGGGGAACUCCGCACGCCUCUCGGGAGCUCCCGGCCUUUCCGUCGGGAGCUUCGAGAUGCGCCCCUCCCGCCGAUGCUAUCCCCGGUAGCUCAAAUCCUGCAUCUCUGUCACCACAGCGGCUGCAAAUUCAGCCUGUUAGGCCUCAGCACGUGUCUCCAAUGGAAGUGCGACGGCAGCGGGAGAGUCCUUUGGCUCUCGAUGCGCGAUCUCUGCUUACCGCUGCUGCGACUGCGGCUGCUGCUGGUGGAGCCCAAAGCCCGCAGGGAGCUCAAUCAACGCUUAAGGAGCAGCAGCGCUGCUCUUUCCUCGCCGAUUUGGCAUCUCCUUUUAGCUCCAGCAAACGCAGCAGGGCAUUGGCGUCUCCAGGCGCAAGCGGUAAUGGCGAUGGCGACGCGGCCGCUGCUUCGAGAGGCACCACGAUGGUUGUUGCAGCUGCAGUGGCAACUCCUUCAUCCACCCGACGAGCUACUGAUUCUUCCAGAGGGGCGCCUCCUGGUACUCCCGGAGGGGAACCAAUAGACUACAAAGUUUCUCCCGUAAGCAGCCGGCGACGUGCCUCUCCCUACCAUGGCAUGAGGAGCACCAGCACCAACAGCGGCGGUAGAACUGCCACGCUGAAAGAUGAGGAGGCGCUAUCCGCUUUUCGCCUCACCCCUCCAAGAAAGAAACCCCAACUCUCCUUCGAUAGUACGACGGCACAGGAGGCUGAGCACACACAGCAAACGCAGGAGGAUGACAAAGAUCGGCAACAUCAGGGAGCAGCACCAGGUUGCGCCAGCUUACAUCUCACCCGGCAACAGAUUGCUUCCAUGCAGCGCCUUUUCUUGCAACAACAACAGCAGCAGCAUAGCGAUGGUUUCUGUUGCAGCUCCCUCGACAGUUUCGCCGCGACAGAAACCACUCCCAAUUCUGUGCCGCUCAACAGACAGCUUGAGCGCCUCUGUCGACUCUAUGGACUGCUAAGGAUUCUUUUUGACCGCUUUCACGACCGCGGGGAGCCUCUCCUGCUAUUCACUUCCAUCUUGCCUGCGUACACGAAGCUGGCUCUCACGCAUCAUCCCCGCAGCGCCUCGGAGUCUCCCCUCCGCACCGACAUGAGCGACAGCAAUGCCAGCAGUGCUAAGGACGGCGGAGAGCGCUCGCUUAGCAGCGCCUCCCUCGGUAGCAGCAAAGUAAGGCACGACCUUAUAAAGGAUGUGGGCCGUCUGGUGUGGCUGCUGCCGCAGCUGCUGCAAUGGAAGCCGCGGAAGCUGCGUAAUUCUACUGCCGCACCACCACCAACAGCCAACUGGGGCCCAUUGCAGCAAAACCACUCACAAUACGACAUACAGAUCCUCGAAUUAAAAGAUGGGGUCCCCCUUUCCGCGCGUGCUAAAGACGGAGAGGAGCGCCAGCAGCAGCUGCGGCGGCGCCUCAUCGCCUAUGCGUUGCAGUGGCAAAACUAUUGCCUAGAGCAGCAACAGCAGCAACAGCAGCAACAGCCGCAACAGCAGCAACAGCAGCAACAGCCGCAACAGCAGCUAUUGCUGCUGCGCUGGAGCAGAGAACGGCUGAUUCAGCACGCCAGCUGGGCUCCCGGGUUUGAUGUGGAGAUGAUACCCUCUCCUCCUGCUGCCACAACGCCUGCGCUGCACCCGCAGGAGCAGAGACAGAACGUGUUGCUGCCUCAACAGCCACCAGGAGCGUUCAAGGGAGACCCCGUGAUAGGGUGUAUUGGCGGUAGUCCUGUUCGCUGCGUCGUGCCAGAGCAACAGCCGCAGAAACAGCAGCUGAAUUUGCUGCAACAACUGCAGGAUGAGGGCAGCAAAAGGGUUGUCUCUCCCCCGCGCGCUGCCUCCGUCAGUGGGGCCUCCUCUGUUAAUUCUUGCUGGACGGAUGUCUCGCCUUACCAGAGAGCCACUUCGGAUGCAACAGCAGGGUCGAACUCGCCCGCCGUGCAGCUGUCUCCUCUAAGCCGUGGUCGGCAGCCAGUGCGUAGAUUCCCUCUUUUGUCUUCGCCUAUAAGAACCCGCAGCCCAAGCCCUCUCGACCGGCGUUCUAGUUCCAGCAGCAGCACAAGUCCGACCAGAAGUCCUGUGUCUGAACGACUGCGCCGCAAAACCGAGGAGCGCAUGGCUGCUCGAUUGCAGCAAGAAGCAGCGCAGCAGUUGCGAAGAGAGUUGUAUGACAACGUCCAACGCCUUCAGGAAGCGCACAUUGUGUUGCAGUGUCUUCUGGAUGCAUGUGUCUACCACGAUCGACGCUCUUGCAUUGACAUUAGGGUGCUAACAGAUUUAUUUGUUUCCAAAGUGAGGACCCCAUUGCCUCUCCCAGCUGUCGAGAGGGCUGUGCUCUUCCUUGAGGGUCUUAGCCCACCAGCUCCCGCGGCCCUCAGGAAGGUGGUGGAGUCGCAGCUUCGAGAAGCACAGGAUGCUGCAUUCGCUGCAGAUUCCAAGGAAUGCCACGCGACACUUGGCUCGUGUAGCCCGUUGCUCAGAUAA